AUGCGCCCUGCAGCCUCCGAUUCAGUGCGAGAACGUCCCCGCAAAACCACCACACCGAACAUAAUCAAUGCAACACCAUCCAGCGAGCUUCGGAACGCCUCUCCCGCAGCAUUCUUUCUAUCUCGGGGUAACGUAAUGGACGGAUCUGACGCCAGUGCUCCAGGUACCCCAAAUGAAAGCACUUAUGGAGUGCAGAGCUUAUCAGAUACAAUUGAUGAUGGGAUCAGCGGGCCGUUGCCUCCCUUCCACAAUGAUGUACACGCGACCCCCGAAGGUGAUAUUGGUAGUUCACCAUUAUCAGCAACAUCCAGAGCUGUCAUGCCUAACACACAGGAACACAAGACUGAAGACUCACUAAAACCUCCUCCCUAUCCAUUGUCAGAUAUCGGCAUUACUCUCUCUGGAACUCCUUCAUUUAUCGGCUCCCCGGGCGAACCAUUUUCUCUGCCAAGUAGCCCGAAAUCCUCCUCAACACGGUCACUUAGGAAUAUUGAUGAUAUGCCUGCAGUGGAAGAGAGCGGCUAUGCCGAUGGCGAGCCUUAUGUAAAUGAGGGCCCAGUGGAGUCAACAGAGUUACAGGACAGUACUUCCCAGUUGGUGAUGCCUAGUAUCAAAAUCCCAAGUCGACGCCCCUUUACAGAUAGGGGUAAAGCUAUGGGACGGCUAAAGAUCCUCCUUGCUGGAGCACCGGAUCCGUUGCCAGAUUCGGUUUCUAUACCCCCUUCGAGUAUGGCAAAGUCUCGCCGGAAGGCGGGUACGAAACCCCGGCGUACCAGGGAGUGCGAACCAAUAUCUGAGAUAUAUGCUAGCACAAAGCCGUACCCGUCCUGGUGGUCAGACAUGGAUGAUUCUCGUGUCCUCCGGCGAAGAAAGAGUUUGGGUGAUGUUAUAUUGGAGAGGAAUCUCUGCUUCGUCGACACAUUUGCCGGUUCAAAGAAUGCCGAUCAACAAACGGAGGUGAUAAUUCAAUAUAUGAACAAGCAAUUCACGCGAGCUGUGUCUGCUGUACGGUCAGUAACUACAGAUUUCCAAGGGUUGCUUUGCGGAAAUGGCGGUCCCCAGGUAGACGUCAUUCUUUAUCUGAUAACCGAAAGAACUAACGUGGAGGCAGAGACUAUGACUGCUGAUAUUCGCAGUAUUCAAAAGUUAUCGAACUUCACAACGGUGGUUCCAUUGAUUGCCAAGUGUGACAACUAUACUCCUGAUGAAGUUCAGGCAAUAAAGAAAUCUUUUGUCGAGCGGGUGCGAGAUGCAGAUAUGAAACUGUCUUGCUUCGGUCCUUUUGGAGAAUCUUUGACCAAUCAUCAUGUGUCGGGCCCGAGUAUUCCCUUUAUGACAUCUUCUGCAACGACUAAUGACGAUGAAACUAUGGAUGCGAGUGUCCUUAUGAGUCCCGAAUACGUACAACCAUUGGUCCCGUCAGACUUGGGGUUUGUUCUGGAUAAACUCUUUGACAGAGACAACGCCGCGUGGUUCCGAUACUCUGCCGCUAAGAAGCUGAUAGAAGCCCAGCAACAACCACGUCCCCGCGCGCCAUCGAACAACUUUCCACGAGCAUCAAGCAACUAUGGCGUCUCGUCUCUCAAUGACUCGCAUCUCUCCCCUUCUUUGCCUUCCACACCAGCAUCUGCUUCGCAUAUGCUUGCCCCGCGAGGUGAGAGGCUCGGACUGUCUGAAUAUACGCUUGCGCGAAUGACAGAACAUACUCGGCGCGAGGAACAGUAUGCUCAGGCGAGACUGGCAAAAUGGGCUGCUGACCUACAGCAAAGCCUACAAAAUGAGAGAAGCCGCUACGAGCAGCUGGGUCGUGGAGAAAGAGCUGUAUGGCUGACCGAAAAGCUGGGUGAAUGCGUGGCUGACGGGACCCUGGUGCCGCUCUCCCAGACACCAGGCUUCCCCGGUUUCGGGAACAUCGUAGACAGAGCGAAUGAGAAAGGAAAUCUUUGCGUGCGCACGCAGGACGGCCGCCGGUUUGAGUAUCGAGUUGCAGCAGGCAACAUGAACGCGGCCGAUCCCCUGGGCCUGCUGAAGCUUGGAGACGACCUCUCACGACGGGGAUGGGUGUUGGUUCAGGUGUUGGGCGGUGUUGGCAUAGUGGGCGGACUGGCGUUAUGGAUGGCACAGACCUGGGGUCUCUCUGGUGUAAACGGCUCCGCGGUGCAUCACUAG